ACUCGGACGAACGCAAGUUAGUUUACGCCAAACCACGAACGGAGUCGCUCUGAUCUCGCCGAAAUCCCCGGUAAAAAAACAAUUUCCAUAAACACAAAGUGCUUCUCCAGUAAUAGCGCUUAUUUUCGUAGACAUUCUCGUGUUUUUCGCUGUGAAUUCUUCUAGGAAAACUAUUGUUGUGUUUUGAAAACGCGAUCCGCGCAUCUGCAAAGAAAACGGUGAAUUUAACGACCGACCAGUUCCAUCUACGCCAUCCAAAGUGUUCUAAGAUGAAACUUUCUAAUUAAAACCAAAUGAGUUGCUACACCUUCAUCACGAAGAUCCUUCAUCGAAACAAAAUCGACACGGAGGCGACCGUCAUCGAGAACGAUAUGUCUCCAAGCGAAACGGAAAUGGUGUCUUCCAUGAAGCGCCUUAUGGAGGAGAAGAACCGUGAGUUGAAAUCAAGAGAAGAAAAAAUCAUCGAGCUCGAGAGGGAGUUGGAAAAGAAGGACGGACUCAUCAAACACCUCCAGAACGAGAUUGACAAGUUCAGGCAGGUCGUGAGACCCAUCACCCAGAAAAUCAUCACGAAGCAGAUCGAUUUGGGGGGUGAGUUUUGGCCAGGCCCGGGGGUCGAGAAUACGAGGGUGAGGCUUGUGGCGGAGCCGAGGAUCAAGAGACAGGCCAUCAGUGCUGAGCCUCUGAGUCGGGAGGAGAAUGAUUUGCACAUCAAAAAGAUUCCCAAAAGUAUGAGUUCCCGUGAACUGAUAAAAUCCGCCAUACUCGACAACGAUUUUAUGAAGAAUCUGGAACUGACACAGAUAAGGGAGAUCGUGGAUUGCAUGUACCCUGAAGAAUACAAAACGGGGAGCAUCAUUAUUCAGGAGGGGGAUGUUGGCAGUACUGUUUAUGUUUUAGAAGGUGAGUCUUUCAUAUUUUUAUCGUAA